AAAUAGCCGCCAAAACGUACUCUGCUCUGUGACGUGGUCGGAUGAAAGUGGAGAGAGUUCUGCGCGAGCCUAUGGCUGCAAAGCGCCACCUUUAGAAGGAUGGGCGGGGCCUCGGGCUGUCAUUCAACCAGAGAGAGAGAGAAGAACUUAUGCAAACGUGCACUUAAUAAUGGCUGAAGGCGAAGAACCUGCACUUUUCACUAAAGUAACUGUUUAUUCUCUACUGGCGUGUGUGGCACAGUUGGCUAUCGGGUUUGUUUUUGCGCAAAAAUGGGGGAGUAAAUGUUCAGCUGUUGAUCGGUGGGUCCUCGUGUGGUUGUUUUACGACGCAAUUGUUCAUUUUACUCUGGAGGGACCCUUCGUCUACAUGUCGCUUGUUGGAAAUGUGGCCACUUCUGACGGUCUAUUGGCAGAGCUAUGGAAAGAAUAUGGCAAGGCAGAUGAGCGCUGGUUGUACUCAGACCCAACAAUAGUAUCUCUGGAGCUUCUUACAGUGGUUUUAGAUGGUUCUUUGGCCCUGCUUCUAGUCUACGCCAUCGUCAAAGACAAACACUACAGGCACUUUGUUCAGAUCUCACUCUGUGUGUGUGAGUUGUAUGGGGGUUGGAUGACCUUCUGUCCAGACUGGUUAAUGGGAAGCCCUAACCUGAACACCAGCAACUGGCUGUACCUGUGGAUCUACCUGGUGUUCUUCAAUGGGAUCUGGGUGGUGGUGCCUGGACUCCUCCUCUGGCAGUCAUGGAGGGAUUUAAGAAGAAUUCAUCAGUAUCCAAAGAAGAAGAAUAAAUAAAAUCAAAGGAUGUCUGGUCGCUAGUAAUCAACCAUAAAAUUAUCAGUGUUAUAAUAACCUUUUCAAAGUGAACAGAAUAAGAUUUGGAGAGGAUGUACUGCAGUUGAUGUAUUAUACACAUUUAUUGUGUACACAGAAUAUUAGAGGAACAGUUGUUAAGGAGUAUCUUUUCAUAAUUGGAGUGGUAAAGACACAAAGGAAGUUCACACCAAAUACUGACUCAUAGCAACAUACUGCCUGCAUUCCUGCCCUUUGACACAGUGAAUCCUAGUGAAUCCUUAUUUAGCUUUUAUACACUGAUCUAGGACCAGUUUCUCACUAUUUCCUCUUGUCAAACUACCUUAUCCAGUACGAAUUGGUUCAAAUUGGUUCAAUUCAUGUUUCAUCACAUCUGUUUGCUUAUACUUAAAAUAAUGAAGAAUCAUGAUUCUUUUUACACAGACUGUGCUACUGAGUAGGCUAUUUUCUUGCCAAGUUAUGACAGCAUAACAGGCAUGCCUGAAAUAUUUUGGUCAUAGUCACUUUUAUAUGCAGGUCUGAUCAAGGUGUUUAAGGUAUAACUUUAUCAUUGCAAUUUCAAAGAUUAAUUUAUUGCAGAAUUUAGGCAUUAUAAUUUCACUACAGCUUCAUGUGUAAAUAAUAUAAAAGGGUAACACUUUACAAUAAGGUCACAUUAGUUAAUAAUAGUUAAUGCAUUGCAUGCAUUAAUUAACAAUGAGCUAUACAUUUGUUAAGAGUAUUUAUUAAUCCAUGUUUGCUAAUAAAUAUAACUGUUUUAGACAUUUCCAUUAAAAGUUAACUAAAGUAGUUAACUAGCGUUAACUAAUAAAACCUGUGAAGUGUUACCUAUUCAUUUUAAAAUCAGCUAAUUUCAUGAAUUUACUCAUUUGUGAUAAUGCAAUAUUUUCUCCCUAAAUUUUAUAACUUAUUUUUAAACUCCAAUAGCCUCCAUGAUGUAUAUGAAUAACCUGAUUUUGUCAAAGUGGCAUUAACAUUGAAGUAAAUGUUAUAAACGUUAGUUCGUGUUAACUAAUGUGUUUAUCUAAAGUUGACAAACUGAAUCCAAUUGUAAAAUGUUACCUUAAACUGAAAUUGCAUUUAAAAGCACCUGAUUUCCAUAAAUUUUCUUUAAUAAAGUUUCCAAUAUCAAAAA